GACUUUGAUUUAGCACAUCCUGUUAGUCUGGCAUACAUGCUUGGUUUUCAUCGCCAAGGGUUGCAAACGGCGGAACAAACCCUAAUCUGCUCAGUGAUACUAAUCUUUCCGGUGAAUUCUCCUGCUCAUACGCUGGAUUACUCACUCUGAUCUUUUAUCUGAUCCGAUUUCUAUCACUUUCAUUCCAUUUUUUUUGCUGUGACCAUCGUUUUGUGAUAGUAUAAUCGAUACGGUAACUAUGAAAGAGAAGAAAUCAGUGAAAUCAAGUGAUAAGCAUCAAAGCGGCCAUGUUUCUUCUUUCAAGUUUGCGAAAUUAUUCGAUCCAGAAGCUUUUUGGGACAAGGACCAACUAGGAGAUGUGCUUCAUUGGAUUCGGCAAAUAGUGGCCCUUGUAUGUGGGUUGCUAUGGGGUUCAAUUCCAUUGGUUGGGGGCAUAUGGCUCGUUUCAUUCCUGCUUAUUUCUUCUGGCAUAAUCUACGGAUAUUAUGCAAUCAUAUUAAAGGUUGAUGAAGAAGAAUUUGGCGGACAUGGAUCCCUUCUCCAAGAGGGUCUUUUUGCUUCAAUUACACUCUUUCUGCUGGCUUGGACUCUAGUAUACAGCUUGGCUCACUUCUGACCUGGUUCGUUUCUGAGACUUGUUUGUAAUCUCUUAGCUUCGGGUCUUUAUGGUUGCCUUUUUUGGAAGCACGUUUCAGUGGAGGCAGGGUUUCAAUCCAGCUUAAACAAUGCCAAAGCUUCUCUCGUUGAACAUCAUAUUUUAUUUGUUUGAUUGUGCAAUAUUAGGUGUGCUUUGAACUAGUUAUUGGUUCCUAGCAAUCGUCUCGUAUUAAUUGCAACUUUGCACUUUCGUUAUGAAAAUGCAUUGACGGAUAAUUAUCGAUUUGGAAUAUAAUUUUUGGAGGAUAUUUUAGACAUUUUGAUUAGUAGCUAAACAGUUUUAUUUUAUUAUUGCUGCAAUUGUUAUAAGAUAUUGAAUUUGGUUUGAUAA